AUGUUGUUUAAUUCAUGUCCACAAGAAGAGCUGGACAGGCUGGCCGAACAAAGAAACAAGGAUUGUUUAGACAUCUUAGCAAAAGACCCCAACAGGAAAGGACAAGAUGGAAUGUAUGUUAUAUACCCUGACACUCGGAGAGAAGUCUACUGUGACAUGACGACAGAUGGAGGAGGAUGGACGGUCAUUCAGAAACGAGAAGAUGAUGACGUUGAUUUUUAUAGGACAUGGAACGAGUAUAAACAUGGAUUUGGGAAUGUCACUAAAAAUUACUGGAUAGGGAAUGACGCCAUCCAUGUUUUAACCAAAGAUCAGGACCAGGAUCUGCGAGUGGAUCUCCAGAAAUUUAACGGGGACACGGCGUAUGCUGAAUAUUCAACAUUUUAUAUCGGAAACGAGGCUGAUAAAUACCAACUCACAGUGUCCGGUUACACGGGAAAUGCAGGUGACAGUUUGGGUCCACACGAUGGUAUGAAAUUCAGUACAAAGGACCUGGAUAAUGAUAAAGCUAGUUACAACUGUGCUAUAAAUCAUCACGGAGCAUGGUGGUACAGUGCUUGUACAAACUCCAAUCUUAACGGGAAGUAUGCACUGUCUGCGGUGACUAGCUAUAAAUGUCCGUAUUGGUAUCGCUGGACAAACGGAUAUAGAGCACUACAAAGGACUGUUAUGAUGAUAAGACACAAACGCACGAGUUAAUGUAAAGCAGUCCUAUAAAAUGAUUUUCUAUAAUAAAUAUAAGGCUAUUAAUGACUCAUUUGUGUACUUUUUAGUGUUUUUAUUCUGUAGUGUAAAUAUUCUUUAUUUUGUGAUGGACAAUGAUUUUGUUUUUUUUUUCUGAGAACGAUAUAGUAAAACACGCCCACAGUUAAUAAUGAAUUAACGUUAACAAGAAAGUUAUUUCCAAUUUCCCAUGAUUUUGAAAAGUAUUGUUAUGUA